AUCAAUAUAUGUGUAAUGGUACCAUUAGUGUAAUUGAUAUCAAUCUAUUAUCCAUGGAAGUAAGAGUUGCAUUUAGCAUAAUAGGAGGUAUUGUUGAUAUUGGAAUCAAAAAGGAAUCAGCCACAUUUAUAAUUGAUAGCAAAUCAUUAAGUAGAUAUCAAUUUCCCCUGCAAAACGUGUUUGCCCUUAUAGUGCAUAAAACACUGGGUUUAACAUUUUCCCUAAGUCUUGAUCAGCAGCUGGUCAAGCCUAUGUUGCAUUAA